AUGGAUAACACACCAAGAAAAUAUUGCGCUCGAAGCGUACCAAACUCAUCGCUCGCUAUUACCUCACAAUGUUCCAAGCAAAAUACCAUAAAUAUGCAAACACCCACGCAGAAUAUAUGCUACGACAGCCAGAGACGUUCCACUACAUUUUCUAAUUCCACAACUCCUCGUACGCCAUGCAAGAAUAAAGCCGAUUCUUAUCAUGAUGACUUCAAGAUUGGGUAUGAGUUAAACCAACAGUCUCGCAUCAAGAAUAGACCGAAAAACGUGAUAAUUUCUCCGGAGAUGAUAAAAAGACCUCGAAAUAUCUCGCCGCAAUUUGGUUCUCACUCUGCCAGUAUUUCAACUUCGUUGACUAGUGCCCCCACAACUCCGGCUUACGCAGGUCCUACUUUCCACGCAUCACCUGCUCCAUCUACUCUUCCCAUACCAAGUUUCUAUUCCAAAUCUGUACCUGAUGUACCGAAAUUGAAAGACUUCAAACCAUUGAAGCCUGGACACAACUCAACAUCACCUCCAAUGAACAAAUCUACAAACCCACAGUCGAAACAAGGAUCUCCUCUAGAUCUAUUUUUUAUUGCUGAUAGAGAGCAGAAGCAAAGAGACAAAAAUCCUGGGGUCUCUCUCCGAAAACAAGUUGCUUCUGAAUCGCUAUCAUGUCCAAGCAAAUCAUCUCGUUAUAUAAACGGGUCCUCCGGCAAUACAAAUGAUCAUCCGCGUCCUAAGACCACUUCUAAAACAUCUGAAAAUUCAAUGUUCUUAAUGGAGCUUUGCGAAGGAAAUAAUUCGAAUACUUAUGAAUCACCAACGUCAUCUUCAUAUUCUGAAAGAAUUAGUGCCAGUACAUCUAAAACAAAAUCGGAUAACACACUGUUUCAACUUCCCAGCAAUCAACAACUUCUCAAUAAUUCCGAAGCACUUAAAGCCUACCUAUUUUCAGGUUAUCUAGCUUCAGCUCCCUCUCAAAAUCAACAUUACACACCCGUAUCACCAUCUCCUAUGCAAUCUAAAACAUAUGAUAGUAAUCGGGUGUCUUCUCUCUGCAAUAGAGAUAUGAAAGAUGCCAAUGCCCAACAAUCGCUUGAUAGCCCGCGCUACACCAAUGGUAAAACUAGUAGCACCUACUUCAAACCAUCAAAGCACAAACCAGACCCUCAUCGGAAGAUUACAUUAUCGAGGUCCACAGAUCUUCAUUUUUCAUCUGACAAGGAUCAUUCGUAUUCAUCAAUUGAAGAUGAAAUUUCAAGAUCUCGCAAGAAAGUGACCGGUACAAUUACACCUGAAAACAGGAUUCUUGGCUUUCAAGAUGGAAAGGGAAAGAAGAAAGAAAAAAAUAUCGAAAUCCAAGUGAUGGAGAAUAAUCUACGCAACAUUUUGAAAUUAGAUCCUGUUGGGAGUUCAGGAGUUACAGGAUCUCGAAUGGGACGGGCGAAAGUGGCAGCAAUUUCUGUUCCAAAUUAUGCUGAUGGAAAUGUCAAAACAAUGAAAGGUGUCACUAGUGGUUGUAUGCAGUUAUGA